AUGGAGGCUCUACGUAAUUCUGAUGAAGGAAAUUCGGCAACGACUGGACAGUUAAUUUACAAUUGUGGUGGAAUUGAUACUACUUGUGAAACAAAUUCACAAUCUAGCAUUGCUCAUCAGAUUGUUGAGGGCAUAGAGCAUUCAAGUCUGGUGCCGAACAUUUUGCCAAACACCGUAACUGAUGUUCUGCUGGGACUAAUGGGACCAGCUAAAAAAAUUUCUAAAACCGUGCCAGGUUAA